GUGGACGAUCGACUCGCGCAAGGAUAUCCCGUAUAUGCAUAACGAGUAGUUAGUUCCUCUCGUGGAAGACUGACAAGCAGUCACAUUGGAGCUUAAAACGCAAGAAAACUUACCCUAGGACGGACUUUAUCGGACGCAGUACAUCUGUACUGUACGACUUGGAAUCGCCCAAUUGAUAACGAGUUCAGAACAUGGCUACAAACGAAGAAGUGGUCCGAAAUGUCGAUGCAGAGGCGUACGACCCGGACAAGCCCCAACAGUACGGGGAGGCUUUUCCUCCUCUCGCUUCUGCCCCCCUAUUUGGGGCGGGGCCCAAACUGGCUCACCCAGCUGUAGCUAUGGAAAAGACGAUCUGGAGUAACAAAAUGACAAUGAAAACAUCAACUUGCACUCAGGUGUUUACCGUGCCCAUGGAAGAAAGAAGAUUCAAAGAAUUCAAUGAACAGAGUUUUGGAGAUGAAACUGACCAGGCAAAGAUCUGUAAAGAAAUAAUGGCCCGCAACAAUGUGUCAAUUGAAAUGAGCUGUGCCAAGGACCAGAGCUUGACAGUUGUCAUCCAUGGAAAAGAUCAGCAUGUUAUGAAAGCCAGAAGAGAAAUAGUCGGUCGUUUACAGACACAGGCAAAUACUUUAUUGAAGAUACCAAGGGAACACCAUAGAUUCAUCCUUGGAAAGAGUGGCAAGAAACUCCAAGACCUAGAACUGGCUACACAGACCAAGAUUACCAUCCCCCGACCAGAAGAGAACUCGGACAUGAUCAAAAUCACGGGAACCAAAGAAGGCAUCGACAAGGCCAAACAUGAGAUACAGAUAACAUCAGACGAACAGGCUAAACUGGCUUUUGAGCGUCUACCUGUACCAAAAGUGUAUCACCCCUUUAUUUGUGGACCUAAAAAUGAAAAUAUAAAAAAGUGGAUAGAGGAAACUGGGGCCAAAAUCCACAUGCCCCCACCCAGCGUGAUGAAGGACGAGAUCGUUGUUACUGGAGAGGUGGAUGGAGUCCUCAAAUGUAAAGCCAACAUUAUGAAGAUUUAUGAGGAAAAGAAACGUAAGUGUCAGACAGUGUCAGUUGAGGUGCGGAAGUCUCAGCAUAAGUACAUCAUUGGGCCACGUGGAAAUGGCGUCCACGAAAUUCUGGCCGCAACUGGAGUGUCUGUCGAGGUACCACCAGUCGAUAGUUCACUUGAGACCAUCACCCUGCGUGGUGAACAGGACAAGCUUGGACCAGCACUCACCAUGGUCUACUCUAAGGCCAACAGUGUUGUGUUUGCCGAGGUUAAGGCUCAGACAUGGCUGCAUAAAUAUGUGAUAGGACGACAGGGAGCCAAUGUGAGGAAGAUCACGGAACAAUUCUCAAAGGUACACAUUGAGUUCACUGAUGGAGCAGAUAAGAUUGUUGUUGAGGGCCCACCAGAGGAGGUGGAAUCUGCUGUCAAGGAGUUGGAGGCUGCUGUAAAGGACCUGCAAUCUCGCAUGGACUUCACUGAAGUAAACAUUGAUCAAAGAUUCCACAAACAUAUCAUCGGGAAGUCGGGACAGAACAUCACAAGGAUUAAGAAUGCCACUGGAGUAUCCAUUAAAAUACCAUCUGAUACUGAGCACAGCAACAUCAUCAGGAUUGAAGGUGAACCAAGUGGUGUGAUCAAGGCCAAGGAAGAGCUCAUGGAGAUGGCCCAGCGCAUGGAAAAUGAAAAGAGCAGAGAUAUUCUGAUUGAGCAGCGUUUCCAUCGCUCGAUCAUAGGAGCCAGAGGAGAGAAUAUCAGAGAGAUAAGGGACCGCUUCAAUCAAGUCCAAAUCACCUUCCCUGAUCCUGGCAAAAAGAGUGAUAUUGUUACAUUGAGGGGACCAAAGACUGAUGUGGACAAGUGUUUCAAGCAUCUCACACAAGUACAGCAAGAUAUGGUUGCUAGUAACUACCAGGCCCCUGUUCACAUCUUCAAGGACUUCCAUAAGAACAUCAUUGGAAAAGGUGGAGCUACAAUCAGAAAGAUCCGUGAAGAAACCAACACCAGGAUUGAUCUGCCGAGUGAAGACAAUGAAUCAGAUGUUAUCCUCAUCACUGGAAAAAAGGCUGAUGUAGAGGCUGCUAGGGCACAGAUUGAGACUAUACAGAAGGAUCUGGCCAACAUUAAAGAAGCUGUGGUGACCAUACCUCACAAAUUACACAACUCGAUCAUCGGUGCCAAGGGGAGACUAAUCAGGUCCAUCAUGGAAGAGUGUGGUGGUGUCAUCAUUCGUUUUCCUACUGAGGGAAAUGUCAGCGACAAAGUUAUUAUCCGUGGACCAACUGCAGAUGUAGAGAAUGCCAAAACACAACUAAUGGAAUUGGCCACUGAGAAGCAACAGUCAAGUUUCACAGCAGAAGUUAGAGCCAAACCCGAAUAUCACAGAUUCCUCAUUGGUAGGGGAGGCACCAACAUCAGGAAGGUACGCGAGAAGACUGGAGCUAGAGUUAUCUUCCCUAGUUCUGAGGACCAAGAGCAGGAGCUCAUCAGCAUCAUUGGCAAGAAAGAAUCUGUUGACAUGGCCAAGAUUGAGCUGGAAGGUCUAAUAAAAAAUCUGGAUAAUAUUGUUGAGGGAGAGAUGAAUGUCGACCCAAAACAUCACAGACACUUUGUGGCAAGACGAGGUGAGGUUCUCCGCCACAUCGCUGAGCAGUAUGGCGGUGUGACAGUCAGCUUUCCCCGCAGUGGUGUCAAAAGUGACCGAGUUGUCAUCAAGGGCUCCAAAGAUUGUGUUGAGGGAGCAAAGAAACGCAUUCAGGAAAUUGUCAACGAUCUGGACUCGCAGGUGACGAUGGACUGUGUGAUCUUACAGCAACACCACCGCACAGUGAUGGGCACACGUGGCUCAAAUGUACAGGAGAUUACACGUACAUAUGAUGUCGGCAUCAAGUUUCCUGAGAGGCCUGUUGCCAAUGGAGAUAAAGUUGUUACAGAAAACCAUAAAGAUGGUGGUGGUAUGGUGAAUGGUGAAGUGAAUGGUGAAACCCCUGCUCCUGAAACCCCUGCUCCUGAAACCCCUGCUCCUGACCAAUCUCCUAAGAAAAAUGACAUUAUAGUCAUCACAGGCAAAUUAGAGAACUGUGAACAGGCCAAGGAGGCACUGCUGACGCUUGUUCCCAUUGUGGAUGAAAUGACCAUCAGAUACGACUUCCAUCGUUUCAUCAUCGGACAACAGGGAAAAGAUGUACGCCGAAUGAUGAAAGAGCAUGACGUCAACAUCUCUAUCCCCCCGGCCAGUGAGCACUGCGAGACAGUCAAAGUCACUGGCCCUCCGGCUAAUGUACGCAGAGCCAUAGCUGCUCUCUCUGAUCGAUGUGACGAGCUGGAACGAGAAAUGGAAGAGAGGGAACUGAAAAGCUUUCAACUGACCAUCGAAGUUGAGUCUAGCCUCCACCCAAAAAUCAUAGGACGCAGAGGUGCAGUCAUCUCCAAGAUCCGUAAGGACCAUGAUGUCAUCAUCCAGUUCCCGAACCGAGAAGAAGAUGCCCAGAACACCAUCACCAUCACAGGCUACGAAAAGGAUACACAGGCUGCCAAAGACGAUAUCUUGAAAAUCGUUCAGGAAUAUGAAGAAAUGGUUACUGUCGAGUGUCGUGUAGACCACAGAGUUCAUCCACGCAUCAUUGGACAACGUGGACGCAACAUUCGCAAGUUGAUGGAUCAGUUCAAGGUUGAUAUGCGUUUCCCACGUACUGACACUGAUGAUCCAGAUGUCAUUUUCAUCACUGGUGCAGAGGAAGCUGUAGAAGAUUGUCAGGACCAUCUCCUCAACAUAGAGGAGGAAUUUCUCCAGGACGUGAUAGACCAGGAAGCCAUGCAACAGCUUACUAGACCACCAAGUAAGCAGGGAGGUGGUGGCAGACGCAACCCAGAACCUCCCCAGGGUUUCUUGGUUGCUAAUGGCCCAUGGGAUAGCGUUCCAGAUACCACCAGCACAGAAGAGUUCCCCUCGUUCGGUGCUGUUACUGCUCCCAACCCUGGUCGCGCCUGGGGACCCACACCCUUUGGCAAGAGGUAGACACUGCUAACACGACUGUGAAGCUCACCAUUAGAUAUGGUUUCUGUCCUCUCAACAGUGUUUAAACAUGUUUGAGUCCUGUGUGUUUGACCGGCCCUAUGUUUUGACACCUAUAUUUCUCGGGACAGUUGGCCCUGUUUAUCACCUCUUGGCUGUGGUAUUUGCCAUCAGAGGGUCGCUGUUCCUUUUGGUAGGAUUGGUCAAAAUAACCAUUGACUAGUUUCUGGUACCUCAUUGGAAUUUUGAACUUUCAAGGUUGAUUAAAAAAAAUGAAAUUACCUUGCUUUUGGGAGAUAAGGAAGUACUAUUUGUGCCAUUCUAUCAGUUUGUAAAAAAUCUCUCAUUUCAUUGUUUGAUUUACACAAAUGUCAGCAAUGUUUUUUUUUUUUUUUUUUUUUUUUUUUUUAAAAGUUNUACUUAAUGGGUAAGGGAGGGGGGUGGAUUAUAAUGAAACUUGAAUGAAUGCUGAUGUAUGGGUGUGGUGUGAUACUUUGUGAUUCAUUUAUUAAUACUUAAUAUUGAAUCAACUGCCAUAUAGAUUCCAAGCAUUUCGAUGCCUUAGUGUCUCCUCACUUUCAAGUUAUUUUUCUCCUUUUUGUAUAUGGAUGCUGUUAAGACUAGAAGGAUGUAUUUGUUAUUGUAAACCCAUACUUUCUGUUUGUUAUGCAAGCAUUUUAAAAGUUUUAUCAUUGAAAUUUUUAACAGUGAUAUAUACGACUGGAUUCGAAAGCCUUCCGUUUUCAAUGCUGCCCUGCAAUAUAUUGUUUACUGAAGAAUCUUGAGUGAUGCUGUUAGCAUAAUUUUGUUCAUUGGAAACACCAACCACUGAUCACGGAAACAUCUUCCACAAUUUCUGUGACUGGUUUCUACUUCAGCUAAAAUAUCAGAAAACUGGUAUUGACUAUUUACAUCUACACAAGAAGUUUUGAGUUGUGAUCUACAAUUGCCAUGUAUAUUAUUUGUUUUAAUUUUCCUCUGCUUUUCAUGCUGAUAUUCGGCACAAUAUUUGUGUAACAUUUUGAUUAGAGCUCAUCAGUGUAAAUUGAUUUGAUGUGUAGUUGUGGAUGGUAGCAACAAUUAUGUUGACCCAGUGAGUUAAUUCAACAAUGAAAUUGUGUAUGAUUUCCAUGUGGUGGAGGUGAUGUUAGUGCUAAAUAGAAGGGGAAAAAAUCAUGUAUCAUAAUUAAUAUAUAUAUUAACAUCAUGAUUCAAAUUAUUCUUUGUUUGAUAAACCAUUCAGUAUCUCCUUUAUAUGACAACCCUGGCAUCCCCGUAGCGGCACAUGGAAUGUCUGACUGGGCAUUAAGGCAUAGUUGAUGGGGAGGGGGAAAGGGUUUUAUUUGAUGUAUGAAGUGUGUUUGUUGUAUAAAUGCAGCUAUAAUGGUAUGAAUCCCUAGAUGUUUGCUCUCACCAUAUCUUUAAACUAGUCACUGUACCUCCCUAACUUUUACAUUAAAAAUUAAAAAAAAAAAUGUUCAAGAAGAUGUAGAAUUAGACGGAAUAAUGAAUCAUUGCAGCUCUUAACUGGUAUUGUCCACAGAUUGCAUUUUAAUUCCUCAUUAAAUAGUAGCAUCUGCUUUAACUUUUUAUUGAAAAAAGCAUAUUUUAUCAGUAUUUGAUAUAUAUAUAUUAUUGAUAUAAAAGAAAAAUGAGAAAAUCUCACCAUAUAGUACCAAUACUGGUGUAGUCAUACCACUAUACCCUGUGACCUCCCACCUCAGUGUUGGUAAUGUAAGGAGCUAACAUAUGAAAGCUGAGGUGCAAGAGUUACCGGUCCUGAUAAACAUUUAUGCAAUAUACAUGUAUUUAACAUGUGAGCUAUGUCCUAACCACAAGGUCCAUGUAGUUGUCUCUGUCAGGAGCAUAUCUCUUUUGUGCCACUCACCAUAACAAAGGUCAGAUGUUUGCCUCGGGUAAAUCAACUAUAGCCUCGUUUCUAUGGUGACUGUACAGUGUUUCCAUGGUAAUAGUAUGGUUGUGCAAACAGAUUUUUGUUACUUUUUUUCUAUUGUUGAUUUUAGAAUUUUAGUGUAAAUUGUUACUGGUUUGCCCACAGCUAUGUUUAAAGUUGGGCAUAAUUGUAAUGAAAUAUUACAAUAACAAUUGUUCAACAUUUUACACACAUGUAAAUUUGAUUAUACAAGAGACUAGACGUGUUUUCCCACUGUAUACACACAUUAUAAUUUUAGGAUAUCAACGACCUAUGUCAAGGACUAUGUUCUUUAUCCUGCUACCCUUCAUUUACUGUGAUUCAAUGUUCUUCAGAACACUUGAACAGAAAAAUAAAAAUUGAGAAAAAAUAUA